AUGAGUGGCGAGACACACUACAAAUGCCACGAGUGUGGGGAAAGCUUCAGUCGGCGCUCAAGCCUUAUCACACAUCAGAGAAUCCACACAGGAGAGAAGCCCUACACAUGCUCUGAGUGCGGGAAAAGCUUUAGUCGGCGCUCAAACCUUGUCACACAUCAGAGAAUCCACACAGGGGAGAUGCCCUACACGUGCUCUGAGUGCGGGAAAAGCUUCAGUUGGCGCUCAAACCUUAUCACGCAUCAGAGAAUCCACACAGGGGAGACGCCCUUCACGUGCGCUGAGUGUGGGAAAAGCUUCAGUCUGCGCUCAAUCCUUACCACGCAUCAGAGAAUCCACACAGGGGAGACGCCCUACACGUGCUCUGAGUGCGGGAAAAGCUUCAGUCGGCGCUCACACCUUAUCACACAUCAGAGAAUCCACACAGGAGAGCAGCCGUACACGUGCGCUGAGUGCGGGAAAAGCUUCAGUCUGCGCUCAAUCCUUAUCACACAUCAGAGAAUCCACACAGGGGAGAUGCCCUACACGUGCGCUGAGUGUGGGAAAAGCUUCAGUCUGCGCUCAAUCCUUAUCACACAUCAGAGAAUCCACACAGGGGAGAUGCCCUACACGUGCGCUGAGUGUGGGAAAAGCUUCAGUCGGCGCUCUGCCCUUAUCAGACAUCAGAGAAUCCACACAGGAGAGCAGCCCUACACGUGUGCUGAGUGCGGGAAAGCUUCAGUCGGCGCUCAAACCUUAUCACACAUCAGAGAAUCCACACAGGAGAGACGCCGUACACAUGCUCUGAGUGCAGGAAAUGCUUCAGUCAGCGCUCAAGCCUUGUCACACAUCAGAGAAAGGACUCCUGGCACUGACAUCUGCGGCACGGCUCUCCGGCACCGCUCCCUUUCCUCGAUGGAAGCGAUGUACUGCUCCGACCCCAUCCUCGCAAAGGAGCAAGCAUCAAAGUGCGUCCGUCAGACCCAGUAA